AUGCUCAAAGUACCCAUUGAAAACUUCCACAAGCUGUACUUUUGGACCAUUCAAUACCACUGCACGUCCCGCUUCUGCUUUCAAGCGCAGCUGCCCUUCGCAGAGAUUUUUUUGGAGUGGUGCGAGAGCAGGGCCAAAUAUCAUGUGAAGGGGAUUCCUGUACCAGAGAUCACCAUCCAAGUGGUUAGCAGCGCACACUGGCUGUCUCUAGCGGGGCUAGCCUCUACUGCUGCAGUCCUAACCAUUUUGCAGAAGCUGGAUGGAGACCAUGGGGAUUACAAGAUUGCCAACAGGAAUACAAUAAUCACCUUCUUUCUAGGCCUUUUGGCAAUGACUGCCAUGGUUCUGGUCGGCGUGGUUGACUGCGCGAAUCGCUUAGAGGCGGCCGCGGUCCAAUGGGUGAUAACCACAGCGCUUCAUGCGCUGAGCCCGGUGGAGCUUGCCUUUGGAGUUGCAAACGGCAUCAGGCUGCACACAUUCCAGCAGGCGCUGCAAGGCAAGGGGCCAGAUGCUACGGAGCAGUGGGGGGAUAUGAAAGGCUCUGGGCACGAAGAUGGCACUCCUUGCUACACUCAGAUAUUCACCCAAGGAGUUGACCCGCUGUCCGGCGUUGCUGCAUUGUAUCCCGGGGAUCUGCCUCUGAAAGCACUUGCCACAGGGCUGAUAAUGGUGCUUUCCUCGGUUGGCAUCUACUACACAGAUGCGAAAACUGAUAUAACAACUGCUGUUAUCGGUGUAAUGGUGUUGUAUCUUGGGACAGCUGCGCUAUGCAUUCAGUACGUCCUCAACCUGAGGCUGGCAGCCAUCAAGUUGACAAGAGCUGCUGAGAGGGCCUACAAUGCAGCAGGGAUUGCUUACUGGUGCCGGCAGCCAACGGUGACGGUGCCGGAGACAAUGCAGGGCAAGCGCAGGCCAAUGGUGAAGCGGUUUGAGCAGUGGUGCAUGGGGCCUUGA